AUGCCUCCUCGACAAAGAAACCAGCAAGCUCGAGAGGACUUCCACGUCCCGGCUGAUAUGCAAAAGGUUGCAGAUGAUCAGCCGGCACUACCGACCAUCCUAAAGACGGCCCACGAUUUUAUGCGUCGCAAUAAACCCCCCUUGACAGCGGAGCAGAUACAAGCGCUACUUCCUAGCGCUCAGAUAGACACCACUUGGACGCAGCAAGAUGAGCUCGGUCUGCGGCAAGCCUGGAAUAACGACCCGUUGAAGCCGCACUUGCUAGACAGCAGAGGCAACAAGCACCUGGCUCCUCUGUGGAGAUACACGCUUCGGUUCAUGGGAAUUACCGUCGAAGAGAUUAUCGGACCUCGAUUCAACCUCGCAUACGACACUUCGUCGAACCAGGUAAUUCGGGUGGGAGGCCAGGAGACGCAUCACCCGCAUUGGUCGUCAAAGUUCUGCGAGAAGCUCACCCAGCUGGUUUCCCAUCCCAUAUGGCUAUCGCAGCCGGGGGCGAUGGCUGUGUGUUUGCAAUAUGUAGUCAAGUGCCGUACUAACGAUCAACGCCAGAUGAGCUGGCCCAAGGACAAUUACACAGAGAAUCGGUUUUUCGACGUCUUUCAAACCGUCAACCAUACCUUCCAGAGCGGUACGAUGACGGUGACCGAUCUCCACGACGAGGUCGAGCGACGGAUGAACGGCAUCCCGUCCCAGUACUCGCGGCUAUUUAGGGCGAUCGAGGACGCCGUAUUUGAUGCCCAAAUCGUGCCUCUACGAGCGCCGGGUAACGCGGGGUCGGACGUUGGUACAUAUAUAGUCACGACUGGUGACCUGUCGACCCUAAUCGAGGCUCUCGGCAAGCAGGCAGAUAUUCACGGUCUUCCCAUAUACCGCCCAGCUGCGUAUACCGCGGUGGCCGCGAAGACUGCCAAGAAAAGUUACGAUCUUCCCCGAGAGAGCGAAUUAGGAGCUGCGAGAGAGAAAUCGAUCUUGGGUGUCAGAAGAUACCAGGCGAGAGCGGCUAAAGUCGCAGCUCAGCAGCCACCCCCGCUACCGCAGUCAGGGCAAAGUAUUCCUGCGGUACCCGCGGCAGGCAAUAACGCCAAGUCGCACGUAGGAACACAGACUACCGAACCGUGGCCGACCCGGAGCCCGCGGGCGGACUCCGAGGACUCUGACGACUUCUUUUACGACCCCUUAGAAGACGAACCUGCUAAUCCUCACCUAGGAGUCGUUGAUAGGAAUUCCUCCGCUGGGGAAGCAGCAGCGGAUCCUAUGGAAAUAGAUGACAGCAUAUAUCCGGGCGUAGAUGAGCAUGCUAUCGAUCCUCCGCCUGGGCCAACUAUACCAGCCCUCGACAUGAGUGGAUUAGUGGCUGUUGAAGUCGAUUUACCGAUCGAACCACUACGAAGGCGGUUCUACGCUGCGGCGACAAGCUAUGGUACGGUUGGAGUUCCAAGCGAUGAAGCUUGGACGAGCUUAAGGUAG